AUGGUGUCAGUAUGGAGACAGACACUGGUGAGGAGUUUCCAUACUUCCAGGAUCAUCAAAGCUCCACCAUCUUACCCAAUCUCCAAAAUCAGAAAUAUUGGUAUUAUUGCUCAUAUAGAUGCAGGUAAAACUACUACAACUGAAAGAAUGUUAUAUUAUAGUGGUAUUACUUCCAGAAUAGGGAAUGUUGAUCAAGGUGAUACCGUGACAGAUUUCUUACCAGCUGAACGUGAACGAGGGAUCACAAUUCAAAGUGCUGCAAUUACAUUACCUUGGAAUAAGCAUAAAAUAAAUUUAAUUGAUACACCAGGUCAUGCAGAUUUUGGAUUUGAAGUUAUUAGAUCUUUAAAAGUUCUUGAUGGUGCUGUUACUAUAUUAGAUGCAGUUGCUGGUGUUGAGGCACAAACUGAAAAAGUUUGGAAACAAAGUAAAUUUAUACCUAAAUUGUUCUUUAUAAAUAAGAUGGAUAGAGAAGGUGCAGGAUUUAGUAGGACUGUUAAGGAAAUUAUAUCAAAAUUAGGUACUAGAGUAUUAUUGUUAAAUGUUCCAUAUUUCAUUGAACUGGAGAAUAGAGAAAGAAAAUUCGUUGGUGUCUUGGAUAUAUUGAAUAAAAAAUUACUUAAAUGGAAUGAUGAUGAAAGUAUAUCAGUAUUAGAAUUAGAAGGUGAGACUUAUGAUGAAGUUGUUCGUUGUAGAGAAUCAUUAGUGGAGACAUUAGGAGAAAUUGAUGAUGCAGUUAUUGAAAAUUUUUUUGAAACUGAAGAUUAUAUGAAAGUUUCAACAGAUGUCUUAAUGAAAGCCAUCAAAAAAUCAACUUUAACAAAUUAUGCAGUUCCUGUUUUAUGUGGUGCAAGUUUUAAAAACAUUGGUGUUCAACCAUUAAUGGAUGCUGUUAAUCAUUAUUUACCAUCACCAUUAGAAUGUAAACCAGAUGUUAAUGUUCCAGUGGAAAUUACUAAAGAUGGUGCAAUAAUUAAUAAAAAUAAAAAUUUAACCGUUGCAAUGGCUUUCAAAGUUAUAACUGAUCCAAUUCGUGGUGUUAUGGUAUUUAUUCGUGUUUAUAGUGGGAAAUUGAAAAAUCAUGGUACAGUUUAUGUUAAUGGAGAACGUUUCAAAUUAGGGAAAUUAUUAGUUAUGCAUGCAAAUGUUCCUCAAGAUGUUCAAGAAAUUUCAGCAGGUAAUAUUGGUGUUAUUGUUUCAGAUAAUUUGAAAACUGGUGAUACUAUAUUAGGACAUGCACAAAAUAAGAAAUUACAAGCAAAAGAAUCAAAUAUUGUUGUUAAUCCAAUAAUUGUACCACCUCCAGUUUUCAGUAUUUCAUUAGAACCAAGAACCUCUGGAGAUAAAAGAAGUAUGGAUGAAGCAUUAUCAGUCUUGCUUAGAGAAGAUCCAAGUUUAAAAUUAACAGUUGAUGAAGAAACUGGACAAAUUUUAUUAUCAGGUAUGGGUGAAUUACAUUUAGAAAUUGCUAGAGAUCGUUUACGUGAUUUGAAAGCUAAAUUAGAAAUUGGACAAAUUAUGGUUUCAUAUAAAGAAGCUGUUACUAAUAAAUUAACUAUUUCCAAAGAAAAUAAAGAUACUGGGUUCUUCAUCACAUUAUCAUUGGAACCAUUACCUGAAGAGCUUGAAGUUGAUAAUACCAAAUCAAGAGUUAAUUUAGGUGAUAAUAACAUUCUUGAAGUUCCAAAUGAACCAGAAACUUGGGACAAGGUAAUGUCAUAUCAAUCAUGUAUUAAUGCAUUUAUAUCAGGUUCAAUUUCAAGUAUUCAAAGAGGUCCGAUCUUGAAAUUACCAUUAAAUUCAACAUUAAUCAAGAUUGUUUCAUUUGAUUUACCAAUAGAUUCUAAUAAUGUUACCCAAUGGAUUCAAUUAGUUCGUCAAUCUAUAUUGGAACUAUUACAAAAUGAAUUAAAUUUCGUUGCAUUAGAACCUGUGAUGAAUGUAUCAGUUGAAGUUAAUGGAGAAGAUAUUGGUAACGUUAUGCAAGAUUUAACAAGUGCCAGAAAGGGUAUAAUUAGUGGGAUUGAUGAUGGUGGUGAUAACGUUGAAUUAGUUAAAUUUAAAGAUAUAAGUGAAUCUCAAUAUGUUCCAAUGGAUCCUACUUUAGAAUUUUUGAAAACUAAUGAUGGUUUCAAUGGUGGUCAAACUAUUCAUGCAGUUGUUCCAUUAAGAGAAAUGAUUGGUUAUUUACCAAAAUUAAGAAGUUUGACCCAAGGAAGAGCUACUUAUCAUAUGGAAUUCAAAGGUAUGAGCCCUAUAACAAGUGAUAGAUUAGUGGAGAUCACCAAUGAGUUUUAA